AUGAGACCGAUCGAACAUUGUGUGGAAGAGGAACCUGUGAUUAAGAAAGCGAGAAUGAUCAAUACUGUAGAACAAGCUCCUUUGUUAGAUAUGGAAGUCAAGGACGAGACUUGUGUUGCAUCGAUAGCUGUUGAAGAAGGGAAAGACAGUUGCGUUGAAGAAAAUGAAUCAAAUGAGAGAAAGAUAGAGGAAGUUUCUGCACUUAGCUUGGCAGAUCCAAAACAUGUUGACUUAGAGAUGGAAGUGAAAGAAGUUGAUGUUGUCUCAGGUGAUGCAAACGUAGUAAAGCUUCCGUUUUUAGAGCUGGAAAAGGAAAAUGCAGCUUGUGUUACAAGCAGAGAUGAAACUCCUCCUGUGAUAGAUUCUUGUGUUGCUUCUGGUGGAAUGAAAGAAGAGACUGGAUCAAUUCCAUCCGUCUUGAAGAAAAAACUUCUUGUUCUUGAUCUGAAUGGGUUGCUUGCAGCUAUAGUUUCUCCUGUCGCAGAUUGUAAAGCUGACAUUAAUAUUGGACGAAGGGCAAUUUUUAAGAGACCUUUCUGUGAAGACUUUCUCAACUUCUGUUUUGACAAAUUUGAAGUUGGUAUCUGGUCGUCAAGAAAGAAGAAUAACGUUGACAGAAUCACUGAGUUCUUGCUCGGCGAUAUGAAGAAAAAACUCUUGUUUUGCUGGGACAUGGCUUACUGUUCUACGACGACUGUUGGCUCUCUUGAAAAUAGGCACAAAUUUGUGGUGUUCAAGGAUCUAAACCAGCUCUGGCAGAAACAUGACCCAACACUUCCGUGGCAAAAGGGUGAUUACAACGAAACUAAUACGGUGUUGCUUGACGAUUCUCCUUAUAAGGCUUUGCUCAACCCGCCAUAUACAGCGAUAUUCCCUCAGUCAUACAAUCAUCUGGACAAGACAGACGCAUCCUUAGGUAGUGGUGGUGAUCUGAGACUUCAUUUGGAGAAGUUAGAAGAAGCCGAAAACGUGCAAGAUUUCAUAAAGAAGAACCCGUUUGGGCAAGAAGCUAUAACGGAAGCAAGUGAAUCUUGGGAGUUUUAUAGACAGGCCAUUGGUAAUGUUCGUGAAAGAAGGAUUUAA